UUUUCAGCAAUCAAAAAAAAUGCAAAAAUCAAUCGACGACAUGAUCAACGAAGUUCUCGCGGUAAAAGUCGAAAAACUGCCGAAAACCCAAGAUUUUUCGGAUCUCCAAGAAGUUUGCGCCUCCAAACUGCAGAUAAUUAACAAGGAAAUGGACGAGGCCGAUCGGAAGCUGGAGGAGACGCUCGAGAAGCGAAAAUUGGUGGAAAAACAACUCGAAGACCUCCAGGAGCAGUAUAAAGUCAAGGAAUUCGCGUUUUCUCUUCAAAAAGAGUUUCAGGAUGAGCUGAAGAAGGUCGCCGAGGAAAUUUUCUAACAAUUUUCAUUAUUUCUGUACAUAUAAAGUUCUGUAUUCCUU